UUUGUGUCUGUUUUCUUUUUUCCUAUUCUUGUUUUUUUACCCUACAUUCAAUCUUUUACUUCGACACCUACUCCAUUGCCAUGUUUUUCAACGUGAAGGCUAUUCUAGCCUCCGCAAUUCUUAUCUCGGGCUUUGCCUCUGGACGCGUACUCGUUGCAAGGGAGGGCUUUGAUCCGAAAACCGCUGAUGGUGGCCGCUGCGAUAGGCCAUACAUGAAAAGAACAACCCUGGUGGGCGGUCCCACCGGAACGUCUUUCUGCACGCAAAAGAGCGACUUUGGAGCUUUUGUCAAGGGUCUGGACGUCUGGGGAAAUGGCGAAGGUCUGAAAGGCCUGAGAUUCUACUUUACCGAUGGGAAGAUCAGUCCUAUGCUAGGGGGUAGUAUUGGCGACAAACAGGAAUGGAGGUGGGAGCCCGAGAAUGGAGACCUUAUCAAUAGGAUUACACUUUGGGGUCAUGGUUUGGGAAGGCAUCUCGGACGCAUUGAAAUGAGUAUCGAAGGAAAACAAACAUUUAAGGCUGGAAAGGAGCCUGGUAAAAUCAAGUCAUACGAGACUACGGACACUGGGUCCGGUAUCAUGGUCGGCGGAAUGGGUCUGUUUGAGGAAGGCAAAUGGAUCAAUCAACUUGCCUUCGCCAUGCUCAAGAGCCCCAUCAAGACCAUGGAAUUGAAGGACGUGAAAUACGAACAAACCGUCGAGGAACUUCAAAAGCAGAGAAAGGGAAUUACCGACCGUAUCCUGUUAGACAAGCAUUUUGAAAACAACCAUAAAGACGUAACGGUUACAUACAACUUUGAAUCCCGAUGGAGCCUUAUGGACAAGCACAUGUGGUCAACCACGCAGACGCAUACUCUUGGUGCGAAACAUUCCUGGGAGGCUUCAGGACAGGUCUUGGGCAUGGGGGUGAAAGAAACAACUGAACUCAACUACGAGUACCAGAAUGCGCAAAUGGAAGGCGAUGAAAAAUCCCAAGACAUUAUUACAGUUGAUGGAGGCAAGUUCGACUUGAAGCCAGGCGAGGAGAUGUAUUGUCGCGCCAUCGUACAGCGCGGUGAAUUCAAGGGCGCCUUCACGACUACGGUUGUUCUACACCUUGAAGACCAGUCUACCUGGCAAUUCGAUUCCAAGGGCGACUCCGACGUCAUAAAAUACUCCGACGCCAAAACCGAGUGCCAGAGCGACCCCUUCACCGUUAGUAAUAACCUUGAUAGAGUGCCCGGCGGCGAAGCCAACAAGGAAUACGAGGCGCAAGAUCCCAGCGUGUAG